CCAGAGCCUAUUAAUCGUGGUUAGGCAGCUUUGCUUUAUUUUUUGCUCAGACCCUCCUAAUGCCAUCGAUUCUCAAAAAGUCAAAUAUACAAAAACUGUUUUAGAAAUUUCAAACCUGAGAUUUCAGACUGUGGUAAUCAUUUGCGAAUCGUAAGGCCGUUUAACUGCAGGAAUUCGCCGCAGACAGGCUCACGUUAGUCGGCCGCUUCACAAACAUGGAUCAGCGCGACUCGACGUUUGGAGUGCAGCUCUUCAUUUAUGAUCUGUCGAGGGGAAUGGCACGACAGCUCAGCCCGAUAAUGUUAGGAAAACAGCUUGAUGGGAUUUGGCACACAUCUAUUGUGGUCUAUGGAGAGGAGUUCUUCUAUGGUGGUGCUGGGAUCUCUAGUUGCCCUCCGGGUGGGACAAUGCUCGGACCUCCAGACACAGUGGUGGAGCUGGGAAACACAGAGGUGACCGAGGAGAUCUUUAUGGAUUAUCUGUCCUCACUUGGAGAGACAAUAUAUAGUGGUGACAAAUACAGAUUGUUUCAACACAACUGUAACACGUUCACUAAUGAGUUGGCCCAGUUUCUCACUGGCAAUAAAAUUCCCUCCUAUAUCACAGAUCUGCCCUCUGAAGUGCUGUCCACGCCAUUUGGUCAGGUGUUGCGGCCAAUCCUGGACUUAAUACAUAUUGCCCCUCCAGGAGGAAACGUGAUCAGCAGGCAAAAUAAUCAUAGCUAGAUCAGCAUUGGAUCUCUUGCACACACACACACACACACACACACACACACACACACACACACACACACACACACACAC